CACAUUGUACCGGGAAAAAAGAAAUUAGAUAGUUUAAUGGUUCAUCAUAAGUGGAUCAUUGAUUAACGGUUCAUUGGGUCAUUUGUGCAUGUAAAAUAUAAUGCAUGUCAUGAUGGACUAAUUUAAACAAAUUUUUGAAGCAAUAUCAUGAUUAUGGUGAUGUGGUUUUUGUCCGAUCUUUGUUGUAAAUGGUAAACUAAAAAUCAGGAAAUUCGUAGGCUUUGAUAACUAAAAGCACUUCAUCUCCUUCUGUCCUUUUCUAUGGGUAAUCCAUGUGUUUCCACAUUAGCGGUUGAUGUCUUUCUCCAUAUACAUUCAUGUACCUCUUACAACAGUCAACAAAGCCUUACAAUAUCAUUCAGUUAUGUGUCUCUCUCCAUUUACAUCCAUGAACCACAUUGCUGGUUGGUACACCAAAAGCACUUCAUCUAAGCUAUACAGCCUUUCUAGGUGCCAGAAGCAACAGCGGAAUUGAAUUGCUUACAUCUCGAACGGAAGAGUUCUUCCUUGGUUAACUACAAGGCAGAGCCAACGCUACACAUUGGUCUGGCUGGCACAUCGGAUUCCAUGUUAUUCAUUCCUGCUAUGGCAAUACAUCCAUACCAGAAACCUUUGAGGCCAUCCCGUCUAUUUUUGUGAUGCCCAGUACAACCAAAGUUUUCUUGAAACCAAGCUUUAAGUCACAAUCCCUUCAUAAUCAUAUAUACACCUCCAUCCACCCACCAUUAUUUCCACCUCUCAUCAUUUCACCAAUUUGUUUCUUUAAGUGACUAUUCGUCAAAGCUCCAAGCUUUUUUGCUGUCUUACUCUAAAUAGCUCUCCCCAGCUCCUACAAACUCAAACUUUCCCUGCUCUUAAGUUCACUAUGGUUCCUUCUGAGAAAACAAACCUAAGCGAAAAGAAAAAAUCACGAAGAAGAAGAAGAAAUGGGUUGUUGGGUUUUCUCUAAGCCACAUGUAGCAGUUGCUCUAGCCUUGGCUCUCUUGCUCUGCAAUGCUCCUCUUUCUUCCUCCGUUCCAGCGCCUCCUCCUCGAAAUUCUACUGGAGAGGAUGGAGAUGAAUUUAGAAUGACAAAAAAGGACUGGACUGGUGUUCUUCUGGUGUAUGGUCUGCCGAUGGGGAUAGCUUUACUGAUGGGUCUUCUCUUCCAUAUGUGUGAUCUUCUCAAACAUAGAACAUUAGUCACAGUUCAGGUUGUGGUAUCUGCUAGAGGUGGUGACUUUGGAGGAGCACUCCAUGAUGUUGCUGCAAGUGCUUUUCAUUGGACGGAAUCACUAGAAGGAACCAUAAGAAAGCUGGUGGGUGAACAGCAGAACUACAUCUAUGGCUCCACAUCUGUGAAAGUGAGACGUGGGAUAACCUAUCAUGGGCUCAAGCGGCAUUUGGGAGAUUUGGCGAGCAAGGAAAUGAAGAAACUGGAGAUCCAACGUGUCAAACUCGAGAAUGGCCAACUAGUGCCCAAGUUGGGUCUUAAACAGAACAAGGACUACACUCUGGUGACAAUCAUGGUGGCCCUGCAUGGUGCUCACCAACUUCCUUCCGUUGACAGUAGUAGUGAGGAAAUGAAGGAUGUUCUCAACUAUCUGGAUACCAAACUUAAUCAAAUUCUGGUGGCAGAGGUGAUAUGGGGUUAUAAGGAUCCGUUUGCAGCCAUGAGAUUGCUUGUCAGUUGCCCAAAUCUGAAGUCGUUCGUAGCUUAAAACAGGAUGCUGUAGCAUGAUGAUCACUAACUAGUGUUUCUGGUUUUCUGCUAGUAAGAGUAAUUCGUGUUUGAAGGUCAUUUUGAGUGUGGAAGACUGUUGCCAUUUGCAUAUUAGUUUGAGUUCCGUAUGUUACCCAAUAGGAGCCUGACUCUAGUACUACAUCCUUCAAUUAUGUGCUGACUUUUGCGUUGGAUUGUUGGCUACGGAAUCCGCUUGUGUUUUGUAACUUGUUUUCUGCUUCAGUAAGGGUAAACCGUAAACCUUGUGUUUCUAUUCUACAUGGGCCUAGCACAUAUGUUGAGUUCUUCCUUGGAAGCCAACGCUACAAAUUGGUCUGGCUGGAACAUCGGAUUCCAUGUUUUGUUCCUGCUAUGGCAAAUUGGCAAUACAUCCAAACCAGAAACCUUUGAGGCCAUCCUGUCUAUUUUUGGGAUACCCACUACAACCAAAGCUUU